CCGGCGCAUUCCCGCGGGCGGCGGGGAAAGUGGCGGCCGCAGCAAGAUGGCGGUGGCGGGCAAGGGGGUGGUGUCGGCCGCUGUGAAGCCAAUCUUCAGCCGGGACCUUGGCGAGGCGAAGCGGCGCGUCAGGGAGCUGUACCGGGCCUGGUACCGCGAGGUGCCCAACACGGUGCACCUGUACCAGCUGGACAUCACGGUGAAACAGGGGCGUAACAAGGUGCGGGAGAUGUUCAUGAAGAAUGCCCACGUUACGGAUCCACGCGUGAUAGACAUGCUGGUUAUUAAGGGGAAAAUGGAGCUUCAAGAAACCAUUCAUGUCUGGAAGCAGAGGACUCACAUCAUGAGGUACUUCCACGAGACGGAAACCCCGCAGCCUAAAGACUUUCUGUCCAAAUUCUAUGCGGGCCACAAUCCCUGAGAAACUGACUCUGUGUCUUCCUGCCUUAUAUUACAAAUAAAGUUCUAUACAAUAGAAAAAAAAAAUAUCCAUACAAAGAGAUUCUCUAGCAUCUUAGGAGCCAAAUGACAAGAUGAAUCCAGAGCAUGUGCAAGUGAUUAUGAUCUGUUUGAAGAGCUGUAAUUUCCUAGUUUUGCCAAUGUGCAUUUUCAGUGGCUGGUAUUUCUCCCAUCGCUUGACUUGGGGUGUCUGCUGAAUAACCACAACACAACCUGGCUGUGGGUCUUUGUGCUUAGCCUGCAGCCCCAUCUGUAGAUGUUAGCUCUGUGAGGAAAAGGGUGGGCCUUCAGAAAAGCCACUGUACUCACAAAAAUAUUCUUGUGCUUGAGGCACAGAUGUAUUCAUGCAGUGUCUUGCAGUUUCAUGCCGUGACUUUGCUGACCAUGUGUUUUUAUUGGACAUUAGUCUCAGUUUCUCACAGAGUAUAUAUAGAAUCCUAUAGGCAAAUAAAUCCUUCUGCAUUAAAACAUCA